CGUCAAACAUGGCUGCCCAGAUGCACAACACAAUUUUGACAGAUAAACAGGAUUGUAUUCUAGAGCCACUUUGUUUCCCUGAGCACCUGAGUGCUAGUGGUGCCCUUGCAUCCUCUAAGGAUGGCCGUCCAGUGACCUGUGUGCUGUGUUCAGACUGUUUUCCCUCUUCUGAGAAAGACCAGCUCCUCAAACACAUGGUGUUGGAUCACAAACUGGUUAUAGCGGAUGUCAAACUCAUCACAGACUUCCCACAGUACAUGUUGUAUUGGAAGAAAAGGUUCACAGAGCAGCUCAUCACAGACUUUUGCAGUGUUAUCAAGACUAACUCUGAAGGUCCUGUAGAACAACAAGAGCACUACUUCCUAUUAUGUGAUGCUCUCCCAGAGGACAGGAUCCUUAGGGAGCAACUACAACUGAGGCGACUGGAGGAAGUUCUGGAACAGCAGCAAAAAGAGAGGGACGAUACAACGUUUCAUCGCAUCUGUAUGUUCUGUAAUGACGAAUUUACCGGAAACAGGUCUUUACUGCUCAACCACAUGGCUAAAGAACAUUCCUUUAGUAUCGGCCUGCCUGACAACAUCGUCUUUUGCACAGAGUUCCUCAACACUCUUGAGAGGAAACUGGAGAAUAUGCAGUGUAUAUACUGUGAGAAAACAUUCAGGGACAAAACAACCUUGAAAGAUCACAUGAGAAAGAAACAGCAUCGACGAAUUAAUGGCAGAAACCAUGACUACGAUCGCUUCUACGUCAUCAAUUACCUGGAGUUGGGGAAGACAUGGGAAGAGGUGCAGUCUGAAGACGACAGAGAGCUGUUGGAAGAUGAAGAUGAUGAUUGGUCAGACUGGCAGGCUCACCCUGUGUGUGCUGUGUGCCUGUUUUGUGAGCAGCAAGCAGAGACAAUGGAGAAAAUCUACACGCACAUGAAGGAAACUCAUGAAUUUGACCUGCACAAAUUAAAAACAGACCUAAACCUAAAGUUUUACCAGCAAGUCAAACUAGUGAAUUACAUCCGCCGUGAGCUCCACCAGUGCCGCUGCUAUUGCUGUCAGGAGAAGUUUGGAACCAAAGAUGAGCUGGUUCAACAUCUGUUCAACAAAGGUCAUGUUAUGCAGCUACCCGAGGUCUCCCACUGGGACCAACCACAAUACUACUUUCCUACAUACGAGAAUGACGCUCUACUUACAGCUCUGUCGGACAGUGAGAGCGAAUGUGAGGGUCCAAAUCACAACUCAAAUGUUCCUGUUAUUGCUGAAGAUAUCUCAAACCUGAAGGUCUUAAAACAGACCAGUGUGCUUAAUAAACUUCUCAAAGACAGGGGCGGCUCCAGCUGAAGAAAUUCUCAAAGGAUCAUGUUCAAAAUGUGCCAGCUGUUUUCAGUGUUUAAAUAAAAAUGUUUUCUUCCUUUGAAAUUAAUGAUUUCUUUGUGGGC